AUAAAUCUCUCCUCUCUCCGAAAGAGAGAAAUCCCUCGUUGUCUUCCCCUUCCUACUCUCGCUCUUCGAUCUCAGCGAUGAUCGGCGUCGAAGAAUCGAAGGCCGUUUUCUCUCUACUGAGCUCGUCGGAGUCUCGAUCCUUCGACGAGAUCUUCAAGGACUUCAGCUCCCAGUUCCCGCGCGAUUCCCGCUUCAGGAUCUGCUGCGCCAUCGCGAUUCUCCUAGAGGGGAAGAUGCUAAAAUUAAGUGAGCGUUUGGGCGCUUUUGCUAUUCUGCAUCAGAGCUAUUCCUCUCAGCCGCCUUCCUCAAACCCGUUUAUUUCCUUUCUCAUAGAUGCAGCAUGUGAUGCUGCAGCUGAGCAACUGGAAAAGGUGUUCAUUCAACUGCUGUUGGGAUCGAUUGCUGCAACUAAUGACAAAGAGGUUCUGAAGCUGUCAGCUGCAGAUUAUAUGAAGGAAUUCGAUUCCUCAUCAUAUGUUUUAUUGCAGCGUGAAGAGUUGCAAAAGCAACAGGGUAAUGAAUCGCAACCUGCGCCCUAUCAUAGUGAUUUCAUGUCUGCGUCUGUAAAAAAUAUUGUACCAGAUCCAGAUAUUCCUCAUGGCUGUGAUCCGAAUUCAGCAGAAUUUGAGUUUUCACAGCCAGGAUCUAAACCAAGAAUAGGGUCUGGGGAUAGGGAUUCUUCUGUAACUGGUUUGCUUCAGAAAGUGUCUUUAGAAGGCCUAGGUCCCCAAUGGAUAAGACCAUUGCCGCCAAGGCUCCCAGUGCUUGAUGGAGAGCUCAUGUGGCUCAAUCCGGACAAUAACCAUGAGCUAUUAUGGGAUCAUGGCAUGUGUGCUGACACUAGCCGUGGGGCUGCUGUUAGGGAUCUGAUAGCCAAAGCCUUGAAAGGCCCACUUAUGCCUGCUCAGCAUGAGCAAGUUUUGGCAGAACUUAAGAAUGACCCAAAGCUCGUUUAUCACUGUGGUAUUACUCCUGGAAAGUUACCUGAACUAGUAGAAAAUAACCCUCUUAUUGCUGUUGACAUUCUCAUAAAGCUGAUGAAUUCUGCUGAAAUUGCAGAGUAUUUCACAGUUCUUGUUAAUAUGGAGAUGAGUCUUCAUUCUAUGGAAGUUGUAAACAGGCUUACAACUGCAGUUGAGCUCCCGACAGAGUUUGUGCACAUGUACAUUACGAAUUGCAUAUCAUCCUGCGAAAACAUCAAGGACAAGUACAUGCAGAACAGACUGGUGAGGUUGGUUUGUGUUUUUCUACAGAGUCUUAUCCGCAAUAAGAUCAUAAAUGUGCAAGAUCUUUUCAUUGAAGUUCAAGCUUUCUGCAUUGAGUUCUCAAGGAUCAGAGAAGCUGCCGGCUUGUUCAGGCUCCUUAAAACCUUGGAGUAGAUCAUCUCUGCUCUGUACAUUUAUGUGUAUUUCUCAUGCUGUUUAUCAGUAAUUGGCCAAAAAGUAAUAAUACAUUUUCUUCAUUUCCCCCUUAAUCUUUGGUUUUUAAGCAUUAUUAUCUUUGUGGUUUAAGGGGUUCAGCGUAUGUUUACAUUUGAAGGGAAGAAUAUGUUUGCUUCAGGAAUCAAGGCUGCUAUGUCGAAAUAACUCCCAGUUUAUUAAUCUUUUAAUCAA